CCGCGGUCGUCGCCUCCACUGCCAGCGCCGGUCACCCUUCCCCAGCCAAUCGCCGCCGCUGCUUCCUUCGCCAGAGGUCCGCCGUUAGCAUCAGCGCCGCCGACGACGGUUCACCUCGUCGUUCUGCCGGUCGUCGCCUCCACUGCCAGCGUCGGUCGUCCUCGCCAUCGAGCUGUAGCGCCGCUGUUUCUCCUUCGCCGGAAGUCCGCCAUCAUCGCCGUCAAGUGCAGCGCCGCUGUUUCGCCUUCGCCGGAAGUCCGCCAUCAUCGCCGUCGGGUGCAGCGCCACCACGCCGAGCGCUGGACGUCGCCUCCACUGCCGGCGUCUUUCCUCGCCGUCGAGCUGCCGCUACGCCACUGUCGCCGGCGUCUGUCACCGUCGCCGCAUCCAGCCGCUGCCCCAAAUUGAUAUCGCCGGCAGAUUAACCUCCACGCCGGAUUGAUUGGUCGAUUUCGCAUUUUGACUCAAUUUGACCCGUUCGUUUGAUUUCGUUGAUUUGUCUUCUGUUCGAGCUAUCGAUUCGAUUUCGGCGUAAUCCAGGUCCGUACUAUGAAGUUAAUAGCAUUUAGAAUAGAUUUAAUGGUUUGGA